UCCAGUGUGUGUCCCCGGGUCUCAUCCUCUCGUCUUCCCCUCAGGACAUGGCGGGCGGGGCCGGGCGGCGGCGGGUGAGCCGGCGGGCGGGUGCCGGGUGUGCUGCGCGGUGAGGCGGCCGGUGGAGGCUGAAGAUGUCGGGGGAGGUGCGGCUGCGGCGGCUGGAGCAGCUGAUGCUGGACGGGCCGGGGCUCCGGGGGGCCGGCUGGAUGAGUGUGGAGAGCCUGCUGGACGCGCUGCUCUGCCUGUAUGACGAGUGCUGCGGGUGCCCCCUGCGCCGCGACAAGAACAUCAGCGACUACAUCGAGUGGGCCAAACCGUUUACCGAGAAAGUGAAGCAGUUGCGGCUACAUAAGGAAGACUUCGAAAUUCUGAAAGUCAUUGGAAGAGGCGCUUUUGGGGAGGUUGCCGUGGUGAAAUUAAAAAAUACGGAUAAGGUGUUCGCCAUGAAGAUUCUGAAUAAAUGGGAAAUGCUGAAAAGAGCAGAGACGGCCUGUUUCCGGGAAGAGAGAGACGUGUUGGUGAAUGGCGACAGCCAGUGGAUCACUACCCUGCACUACGCCUUCCAGGAUGACAACUACUUGUACCUGGUUAUGGAUUAUUACGUCGGAGGAGAUCUCCUCACGUUGCUUAGUAAGUUUGAGGAUCGGCUACCGGAGGAAAUGGCGCGAUUCUACUUGGCCGAGAUGGUCAUGGCCAUCGACUCCGUCCACCAGCUCCACUAUGUCCACAGAGACAUAAAGCCUGACAACAUCUUGCUGGAUAUGAACGGCCACAUUCGCCUGGCGGAUUUUGGCUCCUGUCUGAAGCUGAUGGAAGACGGAACGGUCCAGUCAUCGGUGGCUGUCGGGACUCCGGAUUAUAUCUCUCCCGAAAUCCUCCAGGCGAUGGAAGACGGGAAGGGGAAGUACGGUCCGGAAUGUGACUGGUGGUCCCUUGGCGUCUGCAUGUAUGAGAUGCUCUAUGGUGAAACGCCAUUCUAUGCAGAGUCCUUAGUGGAGACGUAUGGGAAGAUUAUGAACCACAAAGAGCGGUUCCAAUUCCCAUCUCAGUUAGCGGACGUCUCCGAAAACGCAAAGGACUUAAUAAAGAGGCUCAUCUGCAGCCGGGAGCAUCGCUUGGGUCAGAAUGGGAUAGAGGACUUUAAGAAUCACCCGUUCUUUGCUGGCAUUGACUGGGAAAACAUUCGGAACUGUGAAGCACCUUAUAUCCCAGAAGUCAGCAGCCCGACCGACACGUCCAACUUCGAUGUGGACGACGACUGUUUGAAAAACUGUGAGACGAUGCCUCCAUCAACUCACACUGGAUUUUCUGGGCACCAUCUCCCGUUUGUGGGGUUCACUUACACAAGUAACUGUGUACUUUCAGACAGAAGUUCGCUGCGAUCAGCUAUGGGAAAGGCCAGCACAGGCCUAGAUGCCAAUGUCCAGAGGACGCUAGAAGACAGCCUGGCCACCGAGGCGUACGAGAGGAGGAUACGGCGCCUGGAGCAAGAAAAAGUGGAACUGAGCAGGAAGCUGCAAGAAUCCACCCAGGCUGUCCAGGCUCUCCAGUAUUCUGCAGUAGACGGCCCUGUUACAGCAAGCAAAGACUUGGAAAUUAAAUCCUUAAAGGACGAAAUAGACAAGUUGAGGACACAAGGCCCAGGUCAGCUCAACCAGCAGCUGGAGAAGAGCCCGGUGACGCGGCAGGAAUUAGAAGAUUUCUCAAAACAGAUAAAAGCCUUUGAGAAACAGGUGAAGAUGCUGAAACAGGAGAAGGAAGAUCUCAACAAGGAGCUGAUGGAGUCCAAUGACAAGUUAAAGUCCCAAACCAAAGAGCUGAAGGAGGCGCAGAGCCAGAACCGACUGACCGUGCAGGAGAUGAAGGAGAUGAACGAGCGUCUCACAGAGCUGCGCUCCCACAAGCAGAAGUUUGUCCGUCAGCUCCGCGACAAGGAAGAGGAGAUGGAGAGCGUGGCGCAGAAGGUGGAAGCGCUACGGCAAGAACUGCGCAGAGCGGAGCGGUCCAAGAAGGAGAUGGAAGCCCAAGCUGAAGCAGCAGCAGCCGAAGCCUCGAAGGACCGCAAAUUACGAGAGCGCAGCGAGCAAUACGCAAAACAAUUAGAAAGUGAACUGGAGGGGCUGAAGCAAAAACAGACAGGCCGCUCCUCAGGCUUCAGCAGCAACGAGCAGCAGCAAGAGAUCAACAAGCUGAAGACGGACCUAGAAAAGAAGAGCGUGUCCUACGAAGAGGAGCUGUCCAAGAGGGAAGCGCUGCACGCCAGCGAGAUCAAGAACCUGAAGAAGGAGCUACGGGACGCCGAGAGCCUACAGCUCACCCUCAAGAAAGAGAUCAUGAUCCUAAAAGACAAGCUGGACAAGACGCGGAGAGAGAGCCACAAUGAGAGAGAAGAGUUUGAGGCGGAGCUGAAGCUGAAGUUUGAGCGUGAGCGGGCGCUGCUGGCCGAGGAGAACAAGAGGCUGUCCAAUGAACUCGAGAAGCUCAACUCCAUGCUUGAGAAACAGAAUACUAACAACAGGCAACUGGAGGACGAGAUGAGGGAUCUGGCUGACAAGAAGGAGUCUGUGGCUCAUUGGGAGGCGCAGAUCACAGAGAUCAUCCAAUGGGUGAGUGAUGAGAAGGAUGCCCGGGGCUAUCUCCAGGCCUUGGCCUCCAAGAUGACUGAGGAGCUGGAGACUCUGAGGAAUUCAAGCCUGGGAGCCAGAGCCACGGACAUGCCUUGGAAAAUGCGACGUUUUGCGAAGCUGGACAUGUCGGCCCGGCUGGAGUUACAAUCCGCCCUGGACGCUGAGAUCCGCGCCAAACAGACCAUUCAGGAGGAGCUGAACAAGGCGAAGGCAGCCAGUAUUGCCACUGAAUGUAAACUUCAGGAAUCUGAAAAGAAGAACCAGGAGCUCGUGGCAGAAAUCGAGAAACUCAAAUGGGAAACUGAGGAAUUCAGAUCAGAAAAAGGUGUCAAGCAUCAGGAAUCCCAGAAUUCUUUCCUAGCGUUUCUGAAUGCACCUACCUCAGUGCUGGACCAGUUUGAGCGAUCUCCGGCCUGCAACCCGGCCAGUAAAGGCAGACGUGUAAGAGGCUGUCUUGCUUUGUGUGCUCCCCCUUUUCUGCCUGUGAUGGACUCUGUGGAUAACUUUACCUUGUCGAACACACCGUCUCGCGACGAGGACGCAAAAUCUCAGGUUAUAUCACGCUCCAGAUCGCCAUCCACCAUGAGCGACAUCGAAGCUGGCGAGACAGCCGAUCACCCUCCGCGCUCCGCGCAGACGCCGACAAUCAGAGCUUCGUACCUGAGUUCAGGCUCCUCCACUCCAAAGGUAAUGAAGUUAAAGCCCAAAGCUCAUCAGUUUGUAGUCAAGACCUUCAAUACGCCAACAAAAUGUAACCAGUGCACCUCGCUAAUGGUGGGGCUCAUCCGACAGGGCUGCACCUGUGAAGUGUGUGGUUUUUCUUGCCAUGUUACAUGUGCGGAUAAAGCCCCCUCAGUGUGCCCCAUCCCUCCUGAACAGACAAAGGGACCCUUGGGCAUCGAUCCUCAGAAAGGAAUCGGGACGGCAUACGAAGGCCACGUCCGGGUGCCAAAGCCGGCAGGAGUGAAGAAGGGCUGGCAGCGGGCUCUGGCUGUAGUAUGUGACUUCAAGCUCUUCUUAUAUGAUAUCCCCGAAGGGAAGACGUCGCAGCCAUCUUGUGUAGUGAGUCAGGUGAUUGAUAUGAGGGACGAGGAGUUUGCUGUGAGCUCAGUCCUGGCAUCUGAUGUCAUCCACGCCAACCGCAAGGAUAUUCCCUGCAUCUUCAGAGUGACAGCGUCUCAGCUCUCAGCAUCCAGCAAUAAAUGCUCCGUCCUGUUCCUGGCAGACAGCGAGAGCGACAAGAGCAAGUGGGUAGGGGUGCUGAACGAGCUGCACCGGAUCCUAAAGAAGAACAAGCUGAAGGACAGAUCCGUCUAUGUGCCCAAAGAGGCGUACGACAGCACGCUGCCGCUCAUCAAGAACACACAGUCCGCCUCUAUUCUGGAUCAUGAAAGAAUCGCACUUGGAAAUGAAGAGGGAUUGUUUGUCGUACAUGUCACCAAAGAUGAGAUCAUAAGGGUUGGAGAUAACAAGAAGGUUCACCAGGUGGAGCUUAUACCGAACGAGCAGCUCAUUGCCGUCAUAUCGGGGAGGAACCGCCACGUCCGGCUCUACCCUAUGGCUUCCCUCGACGGGAGAGAGACUGAGUUCUUCAAGCUGGCCGAGACAAAGGGCUGCCAGGGUAUAGUGUCGGGCCAGGUCCGGCACGGGGCCCUCACCUGCCUGUGCGUCUCUAUGAAGAGGCAGGUUCUCUGCUACGAACUGAACCAAAGCAAGAGCCGCCACAAAAAGAUCAAGGAGAUCCAGGUCCCUGGUAACGUCCAGUGGAUGGCCAUCUUCAACGAGCGCCUCUGCGUGGGCUACCAGUCAGGAUUCAUCCGAUAUCCCUUACAUGCCGAAGGAAGCCCGUACAGCCUUCUCCACGCCGACGACCACACGCUAUCAUUCAUCACGCAACAGCCCACGGACGCCAUUUGCGCAGUGGAGAUCUCUAAUAAGGAAUACCUGCUGUGUUUUAGCAGCGUUGGGGUUUAUGUUGACUGCCAGGGUCGGAGGUCGCGGCAGCAGGAACUCAUGUGGCCUGCGAGUCCAUCAGCGUGCUGUUACAAUGCCCCGUACCUCUCCGUGUACAGUGAGAACGCAGUCGACGUCUACGACAUUAAUUCCAUGGAGUGGAUUCAGACUAUUCCCCUCAAGAAGGUGCGUCCUCUGAACGUAGAAGGUUCACUCAAUCUUCUGGGAUUGGAAACAAUACGACUUAUAUAUUUCAAGAAUAAAAUGGCCGAAGGGGACGAGCUGGUUGUUCCCGAGACGUCAGACAAUAGUCGGAAGCAAAUGGUGAGGAAUAUCAACAACAAAAGGAGGUACUCCUUCCGUGUGCCAGAGGAGGAGAGACUGCAGCAGAGGAGGGAGAUGUUACGAGACCCAGAAAUGAGAAACAAACUUAUUUCCAACCCGACAAACUUCAACCACAUAGCACACAUGGGGCCUGGAGACGGUAUCCAAAUACUAAAAGAUUUACCUAUGCCCAGGUCCCCUAAUCCAUCCCCCCUCCGCCAUUACUCCAGCCUGAUCUCCACUCCAAGCAACUUUGAGCACGUCUAUCACAUGACUGCAAAUUCUGCUGAAAACUUUCUGUCCUCCGAUCCCGUACACCCCGCCACCUCCUCCUACUCCUCCCCGUCUCUGAGCACUACCCCUGGCUCUCACAGGAAUCUUCGGACCCAGGAUAGUCGGAACAUGUUCAGCGGUUCAGUCAGUAUUCCGUCAAUCACAAAGUCCCGCGGUGAGCCCGGCCGGUCCAUGAGCGCCAGCAGCGGUCUGACUGCACGGUCAUCACAGAACGGCAGCGCUCUGCGACGAGAACUCUCCUACGGAACAAAGAGGCAGCCCAUGACCUCUCCUUCUGAUGGCUCCUUGUCUUCUGGAGGACCCGACCAAGGAAGUGACGUGCCAGCUCGAGACUACGAACGGGAGGAUUCAGAUUCGCCAAGACAUUCAACAGCCUCAAAUAGCUCCAACCUAAGCAGCCCCCCGAGCCCGGUGUCGCCCCACAAGACCAAGAGCAGUUCCUUAGAGAGCUCGGACCACGUCAGCUGGGACGCAUGAACGUUCUCGCCCCAUCCCGCUGCUCCCCUCCCCCCCCCACCACCAACAACAACACCCACCUGUCCCUGGCGUAUACCCAGCCGGGGGUCAGAAAGGGCCGACAGGAUACUCUAAAUCCACCAUCACAGCACCGCCUCCACGGACGGACACGCUACGUCAUAGGAUGGGUCGCUUUCCGCUUACGCUGGGAAACCCAUAGCCGCGAAUGGCGGCAGACGAGACGAAAGCGAUGGACGCAGGAUGGAACCAUUGUUUCGGCAAGAGGGGGGGGAGGAGGUAAAGUCUGUGUGUGUGUCGCCACCACACCCCCCCCCCUUGCCGCGGGAGGACACGUCGGCUGCGCGAUCACACAUGGAAUGUCCGCUCGCGACCCUGGCGCCACCAAUAACGUAUUUUACUACAGAGCAGAGUUUAAUCUAAUAGUACAAUUACGUAUGUAUAUAGGACGGCGUACUCCACCGAGAAUAGAGGCUUAUUUAAAGAGAGAGAUUCUGUCAUUUUAAUGAUCCGUUUUUGUUUUGCGUUCAUAAUAUUGGGAUAAACCAGCUUUGGCGGGACGGACUACACGUACCGCGCAAUCACGUAAUCUUCACGUUUUUUUUUUUUCGCUUCACACGGUCGAUCACGUUUCCAGGUUAUUCAUUUUCUCCACCGUUUAAUUUUUUAUUAUUAUUAUUUUUUCAAUUGUUUUUUUUUUUUUUUUUUGCGACCGCCGUCGCAUCGAAGGCUUCACGUGUCGCUGAUCUUCACCAUUCCGCACCAUUAUUUAAUUUCUCAGGAAAUUACGUUGUUCGCCAACCCUCCUGCCCUUUCCAGAAUUUUAAUACUUUACCCCCCCCCCCCCUUUCCUCCCCGAUAUUUUCCUAGAAUUUAAUGAUUGUUUACAAGUUCUUUAAACGUGAACUUCAAAUCGGAAUGUUAAUGGCUGCAAUACUGCCGUUUGGCCAGCAGAUGCCACUGUUGCAUUGUAUUUUGUUAUGUAUAGGGGAAACAGUGACACCUGCAGGCCGUUAGGUGGAAUUGUUGAUAAACUUUUAUCAGAUUGUUUUAGUUCAGCGUUUCGCAACCUGUGGCUUGUCCGGCUGUUGCGAAACUACAACUCCCAUCAUGCCCUGACAGCCGAAGGCUGUCAGGGCAUGAUGGGAGUUGUAGUUUCGCAACAGCCGGACAGCCACAGGUUGCAGAACACUUUUAGCUGCAUAACAAAUUAGACUUUAUUAAGUCAUUUUAAAGGGGUACUCCGGUGAAAAACUAUUUUUUUUAAAUCAUCUGGUGCCAGAAAGUUAAACAGAUUUGU